AUGAAGAGUUCGUCGUCGGGCGGUUCUAAAUUCAAUUUCGUGCGGCGCGUUUUAUCGCGCACAUCCACUCGCAAUCGCAGUCUCAGCGUCUCAUCCACCGCCCCCAAUAACAACACCGACAUGGACGCGAGCGCAACGCCGAGGUCGACCGCCAAAUUUCAGUCGGAGCUGCUUCUGCUCAAGUCGCAAAUCGAGAGUUUACAAAUUUCAGUGCACCACAUGCAGACGGACAACGCCACGAAGGAAAAGGCACUCGCCGCCGCCACCCGAGACAAGGAACAGCUCAGUGUCGACCUCAAGAAGCAGCGACGCUCGAAUGCCAACCUCAAGCAGCAACUUGAAGACGAACGCAGCUUUUACUACAAAGAAAAGGAACAAUACUGCCAGGAGAUGAACAGCGUUAAGAAACAGCACGCAGCGACGCCAUUAUCCGCACAGAAAGAAAUCGCCGAGCUGAAAAACACACUCAAUCAAACUCUUGAAGCAAAUUACAAUCUUAGCGUUAAAUUCUUACGGAUGAAGAACACCAAACUUGCAUUAACGAAACAAAUCAAUAAAUUAACAUCACAACAUGAAGAAUCUUCGAAAUAUUGCAAAAACAAAGUCGAAGAACUCGAAAACCAUAUGAAUUCGUUAAUCCAUGAAGAAUUCUACAAACCAAUUCCACCAUCGAGUAAAAAAUAUCUACACCUCCUCAAGAACAAUGGCACGUUAAUUCAUGAAAACUUACAAUUGCAACAGGAAGUUGAUCGACUCCAUGCCGAUAUCGAACGGAUAAAAGUCAAUAACAUCCGGAAUGAAACCAACAGCAAACUCAAACUGAUUCAUCACGAUUCCAUCACGUCCAAAAGCAGUGUUUGUCCAAAGUGUAAACUGAAAGCAGAUUCCAGUCGUACUGAGCGGAGUAUAAAAUCCCACUCGAGAUCAUCACAAACAUCCACAUCUAGACGUCACCAUCAUCAUCAUCAUCAUCCGCAUCGAAAUCAAAUGAGUUGUAAGUCGAUGAAUUCGUCCGAUUUGAGUGUGGAGGUGAUCAAGAUUGAGAAGCAUGGUAAAUUGACGGCUAGUAUAGCUAAUAAUGAUUGUGUGGAUGUUGAUGUGACACAGUCCAAGUAUGAUCUGAUGACAGUCUCCAAUUCGAACGUUGCGCUGAGCAAAAGCGAAGAAGUUAAAUCCGCGCCUGAAAUUUUACGAAAGGUGUGACAUUCUGAUGUCUGCGAUUCGAUGAGGGCAACCAAUAAAGAAAUAAAGAUAAGACAAUGUACCUAACCUUAAAA